GUGUAUGCAAUUUCAAGGCGGUCUUUCAGUUAAAAUUUCAGUUAAAGGAGAACGAAUGUGUGUAUAGAUAAAUAUAUCUGUAGCUAUGUACCUUUAUGAAUAAGACGUUUGAAGUAAAUAAUAUACCCGUGAGGUGUCCACUCAUAUGGUAUCGAUGCGUUUAGUUUUUGGAAGCUAGCAGGCUAGGUGGAUUUACCUAAGAAACGGUGGGUGAGCGAGAAAAGGAAGAGAGGGAAAGGGAGGGGGUGGGGGUUGCAUGGACCUCACUGGUUAAGGGUCCUAUAGGCACCCCGAUUGUGCUGCUAUUAUUUUUGAGGUGAGGACAAAAGAAAGGGAUUUUUGGAGGAAAAGGCCCAGGAACUGUGUGGACGUGACGGGGCCCCUAACUCCGCCGCUGCUGGUCGGCGUUGUCAAGACGGGAGAGAGGGGAAAUCGGCGGGGCUUUCCACUCAAGACCGAGGUUUCCGGCUACGACUGAGAAAAUUACACAAAACAACCUUUAUGCUUCACUUGGCCUUGGGAUUCAGGGGCUUGCGCUGAAAGCAGAUUUUGGCGGCCCUCCUGCUAGCAAAUGAAAAGGAAGAUUAAAUGGUGCAACACAGUAAAAGUGGAAUGUGAGAAACGUCCAAGGUUCUUUGGAUGAAAGUCAUCUUUGGAUAUUAUAAUGGCAAGAAAAACACACAUGGAAGACAAAGAAAAGGAAAUGGAAGAAUCUAGUGCAGGAAUUCAGAGACCACCAGUAUAAAAAGUAACAAAGUAAUUCAAUCACACAGGACAAGAAAAAAACAAAAGGAAGAAAAAAAAGAAUGAAAAAAAGAUGGGACCAGAGACCUUAACAAUGGAACAAAAGUGUAAUAAAUGAAACUGACGGCCUUUAAAUAGAAAACGCAAAGCAUAUGCAGUGUUUACAUCAGAAAAACGAGCAACCCGGAAAUCAGACCUUGCGUAAUAUACUUACUGCUGGAUCAAAACAGUUACCUUGUUUGGUUCUGAAGUAUUAAUUGUACAAAUAUUGGUUUUAAUUGUAAAAAGCAUUGUACAGUACUGCUGCUAAGUCUACGCACACAAUACUGCCAGAGGAAAGAAUUGAAUCAUGUUCUUUUGCCAGAACUUGUUGUGACAGCAGUUUGUUCCCAAUUCAAGGGUCCACAGACUAACUCGUUUCCAAUAAUGGAAUGAUAAGGAUUUUUGUUAAAGAUUGUCUAAGUUCUGUUUCCUCAGCCACAGUUACAACUGUUUGGCCUUCAGCUGCUCUAGUUUCUAUUGUAACCCUGAUUCCAGUCGCCGAAACGUCUAGUGCCAAACUGAUGCAGGUGCAUUGUGGUGACUGCAAUAUCCACUGCAAUUGUUUCUGCUGCUACAGUUGAAGCCUUUUUUCAUUUUACUUCACUGUAAUUUACCAUUUUAGCUCAGUGUGUUAAAAUCUAAGGCAGUUUUCUUUAUUAUUCAAGCUUGGAAAAUGCUUUAAAACCUAUUGCAAAUGUGGAAAUUGCAGCUUUUAAUGCUACCAUCCAAAUUGCUAGAUAUGAUUUGAAAUUCCAGCCUUCAGUUAUUGAAUUUACAUUGCCAAUGUGCAUUCCUGCCCUUUUAAUGAUUGCACCUCUUGCUGUUACAGUUCUGUAAAUUGCACUUGCUUCUGCAGAUCCAGUGAUAGUGUUGACUUUAAUGUUCCUUGUGAGUGGUACUCAUGGCUAUUACUUCAUACAGCGUUGGCCACUAUUACGAACUUUUACUGUCGAAAAGUGGAUUGCUUUUUCCUUCAAAGACUGAUUUUUGAACAGAAGUUGAAGGAAGAACCUUGAACGAUAAAACUAACAGAAACUGAAAAACCUCAAAACAAAUGCAGAAUUUUCGAAACAAUUCUGUUCCCCCUGCUCUUCCUCCAGGGUUUUCUGGAGGGAGUGCUAUAGGUGGGGGAAAUGCCUCCUACCUGUCACAGUCAUCUGCGCCUCAGUGCUCCCCAAGGAUGGCAGAAGAAUAUGCAGUGGUACAACAGCAAACCCAACAAAAUCUUCAGAGACCAAACCAGCACCCGCACCAGCUAGUGGCCCACCACCCCACUCACACGUCCCACAUUCUGGGUUAUGGAGGUAGAAAUAGAGGAAGUGGGACUGGUGAAGCAUUACACAGCCAUGCUAACAGUGGUGGUAGUACCAUCAGUAACAACCCUUACCGAAAAGAAAUGUUGGAUCAUUACUUUUCAAUGAGUGGAAAAGACAGACACAGGAGAGGAGGCCAAGGAUUGGGAUAUGGGCUAGGUUUUGGAUACCCAAAUAUGGAUGGACACAUGCCUCAUCAGUACCGACAUGCAGGAACAGGAUCUUCUGGGAUGAUGGCUCACUAUCAGUUAGACUACAGCGCUGCAGCUGGAUCUGGUGGUAGCAGCAACAGCGGUAGCAGCAGUGGCACUGGAGCCUUUUCACCUUCCCACCAGUACAGCUUGAGUCAAAACACCUCAAUCCAAACUGCAGUGGGACCUCCAAUUCACUCACGUCAACAAGCUCAGAAUUACUCUUCCCAGCAAGCUUUGCACCAAGGGCAACAGCAACGAAGUUAUCCCGCCUCAGGACACAGGCUGCCCCUUCAGUUCUCCCUGUACUCUUCUCCAAAUACACCUACUGGGACACCAGGGAUGUAUAACUCCCCCCCGCUGAGAUACCAUGGAGGAAGUAACAGUGCUGGUUUUGAAUGUAAAGUGAAUAGUUCAUCUACUGCCAACACUAAUCCUAGCUCUGUUAGUUCAGCUAAUUCAAACAAUACAGGGCCAUUAGAUAGUGCAGGGCAAAGUUACCCCUCUUCUGGUUACUCUCCAUAUCAUUCCCAGCCAUCUCAUUCCCUUCACAAACACCCUGGCCAUCCACAUCGUGGGUCUCAUCAUAAUUUAGCACUGGGUUAUGAUGCCUCUCACAAAAUUCAUUCCUCUAGUCUGCUUCACCAACCCGCUGCUCCAAGUCUGUCUGACCCUGAAAAUCAUGCAACAUCCUCAGCUGUCCCAUCUACUAAUCCCUCUAUGCCACACUUUUCUUCUCAAGAAAUGUCUAAGUCUCCCAUGCACUCUCAAUCCCACCCGCCCCAAGUUCAUCAGAACUUCAGCCCAAUAUCUAAUCCAUCUCCUGCUGCCUCCACAGUCCAGUCACCAAGCUGUUGCUCAUCUCCCUCCCCACUGAUGGGCAUUUCAGAACCAGGAAACUCCAUAGGGCCCACAACACACCCACCAUCACACCCCCCUCUCCAAAAAACACGUAACAGUCAUAGUCACGGUCGGCUGUUACAGACUGUGUCUCAACUUAGUCCAACACCUAACUCUAACAGCAGCAUCAGCAGUUGUGGGAGUAGUAGUGGUAAUGUGAACUCUGCUGGUCUAAAUUCAAGUUCAGGAACGAAUUCUGUAUCCGUUCGAUCUUGUAUGGCCGUGAGAAUAGGUGGUGUACGUGAAGAAAACUCCUCCUCUACCUUAUAUCCUUCUUCCCCUCUUGACAAACUAAUGCCAGAAUCGGCAAUCAACAGUCUAAAUGCUUUGACAUCACAAGUGGCUAAUCUGCCCAAUACUGUGCAACACAUGCUACUGUCUGAUUCCUUGGUGUCGCACAAGACUGGGAAAGAUGGUGGAUACCAGGAUCAUAUGAGAGAACAUCUAAUGCAACAGUCAUCACAUGCUUUGCCAACUAGUCAGCAAAGGAGUAGAGGUAUUAGUGAUACUUUUAGUACUAAGGCAGCCAGGGAAGGAAUUGGAACAUUCAGUUGUGAUAUUGCGAACUCUGAAGGUGGAGUGGUUGAUGGUCUUACUGUAGUGCCAGAGAGCCCUGUAAGUGGAAGGGAAGAAGAGCAGUUUUCUGGAGGGGAAGGUGAGAGAGUUAGGCAAAUGAGCGGUGCUAGUAGUAGCUCAGAACCGACUGCCUACUAUCCUGUGUCUCUGAAUCACAGGAACCAGAUCCAAUCACAAACUGAACAGGGUGGUCAGAGUUUGCCUUUGCAGGUAGAAAUGGAAGCAGUGACACAAAAGAACCAAGAUUUGACAUCUCCAAGUGUCUCUCAACCAAGAAAAACUGAACAUGAGGCACAUGGUGGUUUUCCUAAAUCUCCAUCUUCCUCCCCAUCUUCCCAUCCUACCUCUGCACAACCCAGCCCAAAUCUACCUUCUUCCUGCCCAUCUGUAUCUUUGGUUCCAACUUUCUCCUCUCCCUCCCCAUCCCUCAUUUCAACUUUUCACCCCAGUCAUGUUAUGAAGGCUGAUGUUGAUUCUCAAAAUUCUGGUAGAGAGAGGGAAAAGGAAGAAGGGGAAGGUAAAAGUAAGAAAGAAGAGGAAAAUGAAGAGAGAAGAGAAGAAUGGAAACAUAGCAAAGAGACUAAAGUGAACUUUGAGGAAGAAAUAGGCAGAGACAAACAGGGGGGAAAGGAAGAAAUGGAGGUGCAUUCACAGUCCUCCAAAAGAAAACAGGAAGAACAGGAAAACCAGGAGAAGGCUCAAUAUUUAGAAGAUCCCAGGAAAAACAUGAAUACUGAGGAAACAUACAAUACAGGUGUAGGGGUCAUUGUCUCUACACGUUCUGAGAUUCUUCAAUCUGGAACUAUAACAGAACCACAAACUGCCACCUGUGCAGCUCCACAUAGUCUUCGUCAAUCCCACAAUCUUAGAAAUUAUGCAGAAGAGGCUCUCUCACACAGUUCUGCGGGUGAUUCCAAUAAUCUCAGUGGAGAAGAUGGUGAUAGAUUGUGUACUUACUCUGCAAAUCAUGGAACCAAAGUUCCCCUUAAACUAAGCACUGAGCAUUCCUUGUCACCCCCUCCCCCAAGUUCUGAGACACAAAAAGUCCCAUAUCAGUCCUCAGAGCUACACCGUGGGACUGCACUUGAUUUGAAAAACAGAGGGAGAGGAGGAAUGGGAACAAAUGUAAAAUAUCAAGGGUAUCAUCAACCUCAACCCAGUUACAAUUCUGGGAUCAAGAAGGGUCCAGGGGUUGAUGAACUAAGUAGGAGAGGGAAUGGAUUUGAUGCAGGUAGGGGACAGGAACACAAUUCUCAACUUCAGCAACAGUUACAACAGCCAAGUCUGUUGCAAGAAGUUCUGCAAGGUUAUCAUUUGGACAGACGUUAUGCACGUACUGAGAACUCGGCACAAAAGAUCUCAAACGCCUAUUCCCAAUCUCAAAAUACAGCUCACCAGUCCCACUCUAGACAUCCUUAUAUCAUGCCUGAAAGUGCAAGACCCCAUGUUCUAGUCCCAGAAUCUGGGAUUCGAGGGGGCCAUCAUUUGCAUACACACACAGCAGCCUCUGGAAAGCGUCACCCUCCAAACCAGGGCCAGGGGAGUGAACCUGUUGGGAGACAGGAUGCUUCUUCACAUUCCUUGGGUUCUGGAGGAUUAGGAGCAAAAGAAGAACAUUGCAGUGCAGACAAGCACCAGAUUGGAACAUCUGGCAGUCAUUCCACUCCAAACAUGGAGCAGUCUACAGAAUCUUCAUUAAGGCCUCCUCCAAAACACAUUAACUUAGCUGAUUAUUCCCUACCUCACAGGAGACCCUCUUCAAAUCUGUCCGCUCACAGUUCUGCUGUGCAGCAGAUACUACUUCAGGAUACUGAGCCUCUGGCUGGAAUUGGAGUACCUAAAAGCCAAAGUCAGUCUUAUGUGUCAUCUUCAUUAUCCACUAUGUCAUCCUCCGAGCGCCGCUCUGUAAUUUGUGAUGUCUCCCCAUCUUGCCGGACAACACCAGAAAGGGAGAGGGAUGGAGAAGUUGAUCAUGGAAGAAGCCAUCCACAGACAGGGUCUUCUGUAGCCUCUGUGAUUCAGCAAUCACAUUCUACUCACUCUGUAAUGCAAGAACCAGAAAACAGUAAGGCAGAAGAGGCUGAGAACAAGGCAGUGGAUUUAAAGUCAAUUUCCAAGACUACCAAGCAGACCCAAAACCCGACCUCCAAUUCAGGUCAUGUUUCCGCUAAGGAAGCUUCUGUUCAGCACCAGAACCGUUCUCCACGCCCAUCUGUUGACUCAAAUUUUGAUACUCAGCGAUUCUCAAGUGGAAGGAAGGGGGAAAGUAAUUCAAUCAGUAGUACUGCUUGUCAUCCCCAACAAGCUACCCAACACCUGUCAUCCAAUCCUAGUCCACUGUCUUCACCACCAUCAAGAUGUCAGCCCUACUUUAAAGGUUCAGAUGAAGCUAGUGGUCAUUCUACUGGAUUGGGAAGAUAUGGUCUAGGAGAAACAAGAGUGGGGACCCAAAAAACAAUUUCUUAUCACCCGCAGUACCCUUCCCACCCCCAUCAUAAUGUGUCGUUGCAGGCUCAACUAGAAAAUGCCAAGUCUCCUCUAAAAUUACAAAUGUAUCCCCACUCUCAUUCACUUAAUCAGUCACAUGUACUAGAUGACAGAUGUGAAUGGACAGCUUCAAACAAUAACAGAUCCACUGAAAAUAUCAUGAUGUCGCCUAGAUCAGGCAGGCCUCAACACCAAAGCCCACCAGGGCAGAGAUCUCAUAACAGUUUGCCUGCCACUCCACAUCAUCUUCAGGGGAAUUACUAUGACCCUGUCAAAAUGUGGGGAUUGUCUGAAAGAGAUGGUCUUGGGACAAUGGAAGGUGACAAUUCCCGAAGAAACCAGCUAUCUGCAGCUUCUUCUGGGGCAGUAGCUCUUCCUGCUACUCCAGCAUCUGGCACACGAUGUGUUCAGUCAAACCCCCCAAGGGAAGAGCUGGUCAAAUCAUUGGAUCAAGUGCCAGCAUCCAGUUCCCAUAAUCAGUCUGUCUGUAGUAAUAGUAGCAGCACUGGCAGUACUAAUUUGGGGGUGCAACAGGGUCAUGGACAAAACAGAACAGUUUGUUCUGGGGACACCAACCCACUAAUGAUGAGAAGAAGGGUUCGUUCUUUUAUCUCCCCAAUUCCUGCAAAGAGGCAGCAUCAAGAUUUAUCUCAACAUCAUCAAAGAGGUUCUUCUAGUCAGUACCCUUCCCCCUUACCUAACACUGAAUCCAAGAACCAAAAUGAUGCAUCAUCCAGUCCAGAUCCAUCCCACACUAAGAUGGCUGUUGCAAAUGCUCCUUCACCCGGUCAUGGUAAAACUAAAAUUUUGCCGCCUAGGAAAGGCAGAGGCCUUAAGCUGGAAGCAAUUGUGCAGAAAAUUACGCCAAAUGUUAAAAAAACUUCAAAUAAUAACAGUCACACAAAUUCUGCAUCAAAUCAUCCUUCUGGAUUGCCUCAUGCACAUGUCACUGAUUGUAACCCUGAAACACCGGAACAGGACCCUUGUGUUGAGAGCACUUUCCCAAGACUUGGUACUGUGACUGGGAGUUGCUUACCUUAUCUGGGUGAAGGUCUUUCCUUGGAUGAAAUUAUGUACUACAGAGGGGUUGAGGAAACAGGGCCCCUUCCUCCUACUGCCUAUCCGUGUGAUCCCCAUCAAGAUCCACAAAUUCUCAAAAGAGAUGCAACAGGAAACAUUACAAGGGGUGCUAUAGGGGAUUUGGAUCCAGACUUUGGAAUAAACACAUCAAUAUCUCAAAUGACUGAAAAGGAUAGUGUGGUAGAGAGGGGCAAAGAUGAACUUCAGAUAGAUUCUGACCUUUUGGGGCCCUUACCGCCACCCCCUCCAUUACCGCGUCCUGUACAAGCCUCCCCUCCUCCCUCUUCCUCUGCUUUGUCUGAUAUUCAGCAUUUCACAAAUACAUACCAGCAACUGGAGACCCGGAGAGGAGAACAUUCUGCAGCUAACCUACUUAGGCAAAAACUGCAAGAAAGUGGCAUGGGGUUGGGAAUGGAUGACUAUGCAGGGAAUGACUACUUUGGGACCCAACCACCUCACCAUAACCAGAAUAUAGAUGCCUGCCUGCUAACCAGGGCCCCACAUGCAUAUCAGCAACAUCUAAUUCGUUCUGCUAGGGCUGCUUCCUCAAUGGCAGGCUUAUCCCAGUUACCAGAACCUAAGCCUUCUGAGAAUGUAGUACCUAAAGGAUACUUUCCAUCUGGGAAGAAAAAGGGACGACCUGUUGGUAGUGUGAAUAAACAAAAGCGUUCCCAGCCCCAAGCCCACAAUGUGUCUCUUAAUACUCCCACUGUUGAUAUUACUCAAACACCUGCGCAUACGCCUACACAUACACCUGUGCAAAGUGAAUCAGCACUGAUUGUAUCUAGUGCCAGUUCUACAGCCGCAACUUCCGAAAUUUCUCUGCCAACUGAUAACAAAAUCUCUUCUGCCUCAGUUUCUCCUGCUGCAUCUCUGACUGUGAAAACGGAUGUAGAGAGUGAGGAUGUGCAGCCAGAGAUAGAACUGAAAUCUGGUGGACACCUUCAAAGGAAGGGUGAAAGUGUGGAGGGUGAUACAGUGUGGGUAGGCAGCAGACAGAGACGAAGGAGAAGGAGAGGUGUUGGAAUGGUGGGGAAAGAGGAACUGCAAACUGGGACUGGAGUUGGAGGGAAAUUUGGUGUGGGUGGAAGUUUCCCAGAUUACAGAACAUCUGCAUUUGCUCCUUAUAUUCAUGUGGAGAGAAAGGAAGAGGAAAUGGGAGCUUUUUGUACCAUUGUGAAUGCUGAAGAUGAACUGAUGAAGGGAGAAAAUAGUGGAGAAGGAGGGGCCGAUGUAAUUUUAACCUCAACCUCUUCAACUCAAGGAGCCAAAGGAGACAGAGAAAUGGAAAACAUGAGAGAGAAGAAAGAAACCGAACCAGUAGGUUCUGCACUUCUCGAGUCUUGUACAACAGGUAAAGCGCUUCCCUCAUCUGGGUAUGUUCUGUCAGGAGCAGCGAUUACCGAAUCAGACCAUUUUGGCCAACUUCUCUGCUGUCUGUGCAAGAAGUGGGCCAACUACAAAAAUCUUGGAGACCUCUAUGGACCAUACUACCCUCCUGAGUACACUUCUAAACUUCCUAAGAGUCACUCUCAGUCUCGACAGAGCCUCUUGACCAGCAGAGCUGGUAGCAUAGGAGUAUCUGUAGGAACAGUCUCAACAGAGUCAACAAAACAGAACAUUCUACCAUUAGAAGCCGAAACUGCCAAGUCUGUGAUGGAAACUGAGCAUAUAGGAAAUCAAGAUGUAGACUUAGUAUCUGCUGUGGCUAAAGACACUGCAUGUUCAGUGGGCAGCAGGGACAUGCACGCUGUCUCAGACCAUAUCAGCAGUGUUGAUGCUGACAGUGAAGAACCGCAACAGCAGAACUUGAGCCAAGACAUAACCAAUCAAUCAAAACAACAAAGUGAACCUGAGGAAAAACCGGAAUCACAACUGCAGAACCAGCAGUGGCCAGCAGAAGAAAUGCACCAAAGGCCACAGCACAGAAAACUGACCUCCCACCCACGAUUCAAAAGGCGACACAAAUCCAAUGAGGAUUUACCGAAAUCUGCACCCAUGAACAACAAAGCGUUGCUGCCUUUUCAGCCUCCACCACAGCCACUUAACCAGGACACCUCUGAGCCUCUCGCCCAGUUAGCCCAGCUUCCUCAGGUUCCCCUGGACCCAGAGGAAUUGUGGGUGCAUGAGGGUUGUAUAGUCUGGGCCAGUGGGGUUUACCUGGUCAACGGAAGGCUGUAUGGCCUAAAGGAGGCCCUGGAUGGUGCCAGAGAGACAUCGUCACUGUGUGUGUUACAGCGCUGCUCACGGUGUGAGGCAGUUGGCUCCACCCUCGGCUGCUACAGUAAAGGCUGCACACUGAGAUAUCACUACCUGUGUGCCCUGGAAGCAGACUGCUCUCUAAACGAAGACAAUUUUUCAUUGCGAUGUCUGAAGCACAAGUUCCCUCUGAACAAUUCAACAGUGAAGCCAGUGUGUCCUGAACAGUCGGAGAGAGGAUGAUGUGCGAAGGAGGAGACAUUGAUGGCUGCGACUGGUGAGUGGGGACAGAAACGGCUGAGCAGUACUUUUGUGGAAAUGUCAAAAGAAGGGAACAGAUGGCCAUGAAUGAAGAACAAUGAGUGAAAAGUUUGCUAAUAAUAAAAAAAACACUCUUUGAAGAACAUUUAAAAAAGAACAUUUUUGGUAAAGAAGAAAGAACAUUUCUGACCUCACUUUGAGAGAGAAAAUAUUGAAAGGACAUUUUAAAAUGCAGAGCAGCACAUGGGGAAGGGGAAGAGGGAUGGAAGGUGGGAAAUUGGACAGAAAGACUGAAACACUAAGAACAGGAGGAUUAAGAGCGGGAGAAGAAAGACGUGAUUUCCUCUCAAAUUUUGAAUGUGUGGACAUAUUUUGAACUGCUUCACUUUUCUUGUAUCAUGACAAUGACUUUAUUUGUUAUGUUUUUUAAUAGUCCAAAAACCUUAAAGGAGUGAAUUAGGGAGAGCAUGGAAGGACAGCCAGAGAAUGUCAGAACAAAAAGGCUUUUGUUGAAGGAAGAGAAUGAGAGGCAAUGUAUCUACAUCUAUUACUAGUGUUAUUAUUAGUAGUCAGUAGUAAUAUCAUCAUUAUUAUUUAUCAUUAUUUUCAUUUAUAUCAACAUCAGUAUUUUCCACUCUGAUCUAACUCAAUAUAAUUUUCAAUUUAUCAAAGAGAAGACUUAAAUUCAUAUGUGGAUAUCAGAUAAAAGAUUCCAUUUUUACACCACAUAAGAGCAAGGGAAGAAAUAGGAUGACAUCAUUUUGGAAUGUCAGGGUUGAGUUGCCACAGAGACAUUAUUGACUGGGGGAAUGGAUGAUUGUUGCCCUUGAGAAAGUGUUUGUGUGUGCAUAUGUGUGUGUGUGUGUGAGAGAGAGAGAAACGGGGGGGGGGGGGGGAGUGCAUGGUUGUGUGUGUGUGCAUGUGUGUUGAUUUGUGGUCCUUGGAAAAGUGUUCUUAUUUUUCCAUUUUUGGGUUUCUACAAAAGCGAUGGUAUACAUAGGAUCAAACGGAUAUCAUCUUAUUUUUGUGAAGCGAUAGUAACAGGUGAAAGGACGUUUUGAACCCAUGAAUGAGGGAGUGACAUCAUCUCAUUUCCAGAAAAGAUUGCUACCAUCUUUCACAAGUGAAUGAGACAAAGUAUUUGAUGUACAAGCGAGAAAGGGGUUCACCUAGAAUGAAUGUCAGUGUUUUUAGUGCUUUUAAAAGGCUCAGUAAGUCUAGACUGAACUGAGCCUUUGCCAGGGGAUGUGGAUGGACAGAUGCAUUUAUUCAUCCAAAAAAAGCAUUGCCAACAUCCAUGAAAAAUGUACAAUUAUUCGCAUUACUGUCCUUAUUAUUUCUAUCAUUUUUUAUUAUUCUGGCAAGAAAAAUGAAAAGAAAUGACAAUAUUGAAAAUGUUGUAUUACGUAUUAUGACCAUGAAUUAUAAAUAUAAUUACAAAAUUGAAAAAAGCUAUUUCAUGAAUUUUGCCUUUUCUUUAAAAUCUUCUGUCUAGUUAUUAGUCAUUCGGUCACUAUAUAGUCAGUACCCAAUCUGAACAUUAUCUUCUAAAUGUUAUGCUUCUAAAUAUUCAUCAGUUUUUUCUCUGUCUGUCUGUGUAGUUCACUCACUAAUGCCCCUAGGUCACUGGCUUUUCUCUGUUAUCUGCAGUAUAAGCAGAGAAAGAAGGGCAGGCAUUUCAAAUAAAUGAUUUAUAUCCACACACAACACAUAUGCAGGAAAAAGCUAAUAGUAAUUUUUACUCUAAAGUACUGGUAACUGGGUUGCUAGAACUUUACCGUAUAAAUUGCAGUAACAAUAUGUUCAAGGGGCAGUUCACCAAAAAUGAAAUUAAGGUAUGUUUCCAUGUACCAACGUGGUAUCUGUCAUCCAGAUAGUUUAACUGGAAUGUGACAAGUCUUCUAGAUCUAGGUUGCAGCUCAUCCUGAUGAAACAGACCUCACAGAUCCAUCUUCAUGUGGCAUCAAAGCGGCAAAAAUUUGACAAAUUCAUCAGCAACAUCUCUACCCAAGUACACUGCAUGGUCAAAAGUAUGUAGACAUCCAAGCAUCACACCCAAAUGUGCAUGUGGAACAUCUCAUUCCAAAACCAUGGCCGUUAAUAUGGAGUUGUCUGGAUGAACAGAUACUGCUCUGGGAAAGUGGAAAUGUACCUUAACUUCAUUUUUGGGUGAACGUCAAGCAUACGGUAGCAGGCUGUGUAUCAAAUGCUAAAUGUAUUACACUGUUUCACCAUAAAGUAUUGACAUAUAUAUUUACAUUUCAGCUGUUCACAAUUUUGUACCUUUGCGAUUUUACAGAAUUUUACUGUAAAAUUCAUGGACAUUUUUUACGGUGCAUCAUGACUUUUCAUCAAAAGGUAUUCAGUUACAGCCGUCCGCCUGUGUUCUCAUCCUCUCUUCUCUGUUCCCGAAUUCAGGCUGAAUGAUUGCUCCAGAUUCAUUAGCAGUUCAUGGGGUGGUGCCAAUUAAUGCUGAUGACUGCUAUUAAUCCUGGAUUUUUUUUUCAUUUUCUGAUGAUUAAGUUUCAUAUCCAGUGAUGUGUGACGGAUUGGUCGUGUUGCUGUCAUUAAUUGCCGUUUUAGUGCUUUAUCAACUUUGCAACGCUUGGAACGUCAGCGGAGUGUUAAAUAUUUUUUGUGUGGUAUAUUGUUUUCAAACUAUUAUCCUUUUUCCCCCACCCCACCCCUCGGUAGUUUGUGGUAUUGCUGUUCUGUCCUGACAGUCUGUACGUACUCACUGUAUCGCCUGUUAUGUCCAGUCUUGUCUGCCAGUGUGUACGUUUUAAUAAAACUCCCACCCCAACUA